AUGCUCAUACUAUGGCAUAGUGGGCCAUUGCUUGCUCUUUUGUUUUCCAGUGUCCAAGCACAAACCUUGCCAGUAUCUACAUCCGUACUACUCUCUUGUGUUCCUGAUCCUUGUCCAUUCGAAGUCUCUCCCAACACUCCCAUCAACCUCACCAUAUCGUAUCUACCAUCACAACCUACCAAUGUGUGGCUAUCCACUGUCGUCAUCACUUUUUCAAACGCAACUGCAAUUCCGCCCGCUUACCUAUCCAACAUGACCUUUUCUUUAAUGGCAAAUCUUAACCCAUUGCCUUUACUGUCCAUUAUUCCACUCCAAGUGAUUCCUAAUAAUGCGUCUCAUCCCACAACAGACUGGGAAUUGGAUGUUUCAUUGGCUUACACUGAAAGCAGAAUCCAUGACGGAAUCCAAAUUGGCGCUGGCACGUUUGAAGGUCCUUUGGUUAAAAUUAUUAUUCCAAAUGGCACAUCUGGUGGCAAAUCUACUGGCGCUUCUGCUACAACUACAAACCCUGCUUCAAAAACAGUCGUCAUUGGAAACAGUUCCUUGUCUUCAUUCUCUGCUUCAACUAUGGUAUUUUGGUCCUUGUUUUUCUCUUGGGUUAUCAUCACGCUUACGUUGUCCUGAAUCCAUCAGAUUCUAAAUAACUUGGAAAACAUGCUCAUCAUCUAUGCAAUGGGUUGAAUUGUGUUCAUUCUUCGUGUCGCUCCUGUUACUGCUUCGACUUGCUACACCCAUCUCAUCUUGCUCUAUCUUUGUAAACUACUCUUUACUCUACAUCCCUUGUAGGUCAU